GAGAAAAGCAAUGUUAUGGUUUGACUACAGUUUUGUAAUUUUGGUGUUCGUUAUGUUUGUAAAACAAGAGUAAUGUUUAGUCGUUAUGAAUAGUUAAUAAAUGUACGUAAUUCUCUAUAGAAUGACAAAUUUCUUAUGAUUUUUAUUUCAAACUAAUUAAGUAAAAUGGAUUUACCUCAGCCUCCUGCUGAUCAAGAGCUGAAAAAUAUUAUUGAUAAACUUGCUCAGUUUGUUGCUCGAAAUGGACCUGAAUUUGAACAUAUGACCAAGCAAAAACAGAAAGACAAUCCCAAGUUCUCAUUUCUUUUUGGUGGAACAUAUUUUCAUUAUUAUCAGUAUCGUGUAACAACAGAGCAAGCAAUUCUAAAGCAGAAGCAACGAUUAGAACAGCAACAAGCCAUAGUUCAGCAGGCCAUCAACCGCCAGUCUAUUCAGACAGCUCCAUGGCAGCAACAUCUUCAUCAGAUUCAAGACACUUCACAAGACCAGAUACGACAAAGUGAGCAAAAUCUUGCUGCCCAACAUCAACUUUUGCUGACACAACAACAAGUACAAGUUGAUGAAGUAAUACGGAAAGCUCAAGAGGAAAAAUUAACAAAAUUAGCCAAAGAAAAUGAUUUAGAUCUUAAAGAGCUAGAUGGGGUCUUGCAGCCUAUUAUAGACAGCUGUACAAAGGAUUCCAUUUCUAAUGGAAAAGGUUGGAUUUUUGCUCAUGCAACAACAUAUGCACGUUCCGAAGUUAUUAUUUUGUACAUUUUGAGGAAAGUUACUGAACCUGGUGCUACAUUUGAAACAAAACUUCAUCUUGUAUAUUUAAUUAAUGAUGUCCUUCAUCACUGUUUCCGUAAGAAUGCAGAUGAUUUGAAAAAAAUAUUAGAAAGUGCUGUUGUGCCUAUAUUCUGUUCCACAAGCAUAGGAGUUGAUGUAGAUAAACAGCAGAAGCUUUCAAAGUUGCACAAAUUAUGGGAGACAAAUAAAUAUUUCUCGCAGCAAAUUUUAGAUCAAUUACAAAAUCCUGCUGCAUCACUGGCUGCUUAUCAGGCUGGGUUAAUAGCAGAAUAUGCUACUUUGAUCACACCAAUCACUACUGCCAUACAGACUCAAUAUGCUUUACUUCAAAAACAGCACCAAGAUUUUGUAACACAUCUUACUGGCCAGAUGCAUCAAAUGCAGAUGCCUGUUCCAUAUGCAUUCCAGUCCCCUGCCAACCCCAUGAUGCCAGUGCAGCAAGCAGUAGCGGCUCCAUACAUGCAACCACCUCCUGUAGCCUUUGACCAGUCUAGUCUGCCAGCUGCCCAACCACAGGACCACAAGCUACAAGAGACUACUGAUUCUGGAAAUCCCCCUACUGAAGAAGCAUCAGUGCAACAGGGAGAGGUUCAGGAAUCUGAAAAAAAGGAAGCAGAAUCCAGAAUUGAACCAGAACCUAUUAUGCAUAAUGAUGAUAGAAUACCACCUGAAAUGAGAAACAAUGAUGUACAUCCGCCCGGUAGAUAUCCUGAACCUCCAUUAACUGGAGGUCGAAUGCUCGACUAUCCUCCCGAAGAUAUGCAUGAACCUCCCUAUGGCCACCCUGAUCAUAUACCUGGUCGACAUCCGAAUGGCCGACCAUCUAUAGGGCCACCUCAUUAUAUGGAUGACUAUUCACCACAUUAUGGACGUCCACCUCCUGGUUAUGGUGCAGAACCACCUGAAUAUGGAAUGGAUCAUCCUCCUCCCCCUCCUCAUGCAGCAUAUGGUCCACCAAGACCAUUUAGAGACAUGCCCAUGGGUUUGGGGCCUCAAGAUAUGCCUCCAGAUUAUAUGGAACCAGCAAUGCCACCCCCUUGUGCUCCACCUUAUUAUGAACUGCCUGCAGGUCUGAUGGUGCCAUUAGUAGGGCUAGAAGACACAGAUUACAACAAACCUUUAGAUCCUGAAGAUGUUCGCCUUCCUCCCCCCGCAUUACCAACAGAGCGACUUUUGGCUGCUGUUGAGCAGUUUUAUUGUCCUCCCACCCAUGAAAGAGGUCGUAAUAAUUCUUAUAUCAUAUCAAGUGAUGGAUGGGAGCAAUUAGGACUGUAUGAGUUUUUCAAGGCUAAAGCUGCUGCUAAAAAAGCUAAAGGCCUUUCCAAUGAGGAUAAAGAUUAUGGUACCUCAAUGGACUUGCCAUCAGUGCAAAGGCCUCCCUCUGAACCUAAAGUACCACGUAGGAGAUAUCGAGAAUUUAAAAGUCCUGAAAGAGAAUCUGAAAAUACUGUUAAAAAUGGAGACAGAGAAAGACGGAGAUCUCUGUCGAGGUCUCGCUCCAAAUCUCCCGAUGUACCGCCUCGCCGCUCUUCAAAAUCACCUUCUCCUCCAAGAGUUGGUUUCCAAAGAUCAAGAGGCCGCUCUCCGCCUAGUAAAAGGCGCUCUCCAGAUCGCAGAAGUGUCUCCCCUCCAUCAUUCAUGGGUUCUGGGUCAAACCCACAUGAUCGGCGGUUAGAUGAAAGCAACAAAGGACACCAGCUUUUAAAGAAAAUGGGCUGGUCAGGUGCUGGCUUGGGCUCCAAUGAGCAAGGUAUUCAAGAUCCAGUUGAUGCUGGAGAUGUGAGAGAUCGGCAAGAUAUGUACAAAGGUAUUGGGGUCAAUUUAAAUGACCCUUAUGAGAACUUUCGUAAAAGUAAAGGUCAGGCUUUCAUUAAUCGAAUGAAAGCACGAGCAGAAGAACUUGGCAAAAUAUGAUGUCAUUAUAUUCCAAUUUUUUUAAGGCGUGUAAUUAAAUAAAAUAGUUUCAUCUUUUU